AUGGGUGAUGCGACAGGAAAAACUGAACUGAUCAUUUUCCCUCCACAAGCGGGCCGCUACCUCCCCGAGUACCACGAAGCGAAGGGCGGCCGGGAUUUCUUCGAAUGCUGCCGCUCGCCGGAAGUCGCCUCGACCCUGACCAUCCAGCCCAUUGAUCGCUACGCGGGGCUCAUCGAUGCCGCAAUUAUCUUCUCCGACAUCCUAGUCAUCCCGCAGGCAAUGGGCAUGACCGUGGAAAUGGUCGACAAGAAGGGCCCGCACUUCCCGGAGCCGCUGCAGUCGCCGACAGACGGCCAGUACGAGAAGGUGAUGGCGAAGAAGGUGGACGUCAAGGCCGAGCUGGAGUAUGUCUACAAGGCGAUCACGCUCACUCGGCACAAGCUGCAGGGCCGCGUGCCGCUCAUCGGCUUCUGCGGCGCACCCUGGACGCUGCUGUGCUAUAUGGUGGAAGGGGGCGGGAGCAAGCUCUUCGUGCAGUCAAAGAAAUGGGUCUACAAGUAUCCUGCGGAGUCGCAGGCGCUGCUGCAGAAGAUCGCCGAGAUCUGUGUCGAGUACCUGGCGCUCCAGGUUGCGGCGGGCGCGCAGCUCGUGCAGGUCUUUGACUCUUGGGCUGGCGAGCUGUCGCCGAGCUCGUUCGGCUCGUUCUCGCUUCCUUACUUGCGUCACAUCUCUGCGAAUCUGCCGAAGCGGCUCAAGGAGAUGGGCCUGGAGCCCGUGCCUAUGACCGUCUUUGCCAAGGGCGCAUGGUACGCGCUCGAUGACCUCUGCGACUCGGGAUACAAUGUCGUUGGUCUGGACUGGCUUCAUGAUCCUGCGGAGGCCAUGCGUGUUGCCAAUGGGCGGGUAACCCUCCAGGGCAACGCGGAUCCGGGGAUGCUCUACGGAGGUCGUGCGGCUAUCACGCCGACGGUCGAGCACAUGGUCAAGGGAUUCAAGCAGGGCAAGCAAGGAUGGAUUGCCAAUCUGGGCCACGGUGCGUUUCCUUUUGUGUUUCCACUCUCUGUGCUGACUGAUCUUUUUAGGCGUAACUCCCUUCGUCGACCCGGAGGACUUGAAGUUCUUCUUCGAAGAGAUUCAUCGAUUGACGGCGUCUUAGCCCGGUCCAUAGAGAGGGGAAAUACUAGAACAGGAAGGUCAUAUCCGGAAGGUCAUAUCUGA